UUCCUAUCUCCAGCGCAUCCCAAGAGGCGGAAAGGGAGGAGCGUGGAGCGGCGAAUUAUUGUUUGUUUCCCCAAGAUGUCUUCUCCAAGCAAGCGCCGGGAGAUGGACCUCAUGAAGCUGAUGAUGAGCGACUACAAGGUGGAGAUGGUGAACGAUGGGAUGCAGGAGUUCUUUGUUGAAUUUCGUGGGCCUAACGAAAGCAUUUAUCAAGGAGGUGUAUGGAAGAUUAGAGUAGAAUUGCCAGACGCAUAUCCUUACAAAUCCCCAUCGAUCGGUUUCAUCAAUAAGAUAUAUCACCCAAAUGUCGACGAAAUGUCUGGUUCAGUCUGUUUGGAUGUCAUCAACCAGACAUGGAGCCCAAUGUUUGAUCUUGUCAAUGUGUUCGAGGUCUUCCUUCCACAACUUCUGUUAUAUCCUAAUCCUUCUGAUCCAUUAAAUGGAGAUGCAGCUGCGUUGAUGAUGCGUGAUCGCCCUGCUUACGAACAAAAAGUGAAAGAGUACUGUGAAAAAUACGCCAAACCAGGGGAUGCUGGUGUCACCCCAGAAGAGCAGUCCAGUGACGAAGAGCUGAGUGAAGAUGAAGACGACUCGGGUGAUGAGGAGAUAAUGGGCAAACCAGACCCAUAGUCAAGUUGGCACCUACUAUACCUGUAAUCUGCACACGAUGUUUACUGCAGCAACUGCAAUUAAACACCCCAUGAACAUCCGCGUGCAGUCUGAGUGCCAUGUAAAUAAACUGCAAUUUCACCAAUUGGAUUUCCAGCAUAACUAUGUCUUCG